AGCAUGGAUGAAAAUGAAUCCAUCAGCAAAAACUAUUCUUGUACAUACAGUGAUACAGUGGCUGUCUCCAUGUACCCAGCUGUUUACUCUACCUUUUUCAUCAUUGGACUUCCAGGUAACUGUUUGUCAUUGUAUGUAGCAUGGGUGCAAAUGCAAAAGGGAAACAGCCUGGGAGUCUAUUUGGUCAAUCUGUCUAUAUCUGAUUUGUUAUAUAUCAUCACCUUGCCUGUAUGGAUCAUGAUUGCUAUGGAUCAGCCGGUGAACGAUACCCUCUGCAGCCUCAUCGCAGUGAUCAUGUACAACAGUUUCUAUGUGGGUUCAGGAUUACUUUGCUGUAUCUCUAUGGACCGCUACCUUGCUGUGGUAUUUCCUCUGUACUUUGCCAGAGUGCAUACGGUGCAAACAGCAGCCUUUGUGAGCAUGUUUGUAUGGCUCAUAGAGAUCUCUGUGCACAUUGGCCUGCUGGCAUACACAUACAAACUGCAGGAAUUCUCUUCCAGUCAACUGUGUAAGAUCAUGAUGUCUCUCAAAAGAAGUGCAUCCACAUCGACUAGCGAGCGUGUGAAGAUCCGAAAUCUGCUCUGCAUUCUCUUGGUUGUAUACAUGGUUUCUUUCACCCCCUACCAGGUUGUCAUGAUUGUCAUUAGGUUGUUGGAAAAUAAAAACAACAAUUGUGAAUUUGUCCAACAACAAAGAAACUGCUACACAGUGUUUGUUGCAACCACAACAAUUAAUAGUGUAUUAGAUCCAAUUGUGUAUUGUUUAAACACUGAAAGUGCCAAGGCAGAGAUACUAAGGGUUUAUACGGUGUGUCGGCAUCAGUUAUCUCGGGCUGUUUCUGUAAUGGCUUUAUCCUCCUCUAAUGACUGUUAAUACAAUAAUUUUUUGUCACUUAGUAAAGCAGAUAUUCCAAAUUAUAAUAUAAAUUCUAUGACCUUCUGAUCUGAUGCAAUAUAAGCAAUAUAUUUUACUGUCUUUUUGCAUUUUGAUAUUUGACUGUUUUUAAAACUGCUGAAUAUGCCCUACCUGGAAUUCGUGAAGAUAUAAGAAGAAUUUGUUUGAUGUUUGAUGAAAAGAAUGCAAAAAUGUCUACCACAAUGAUGAAUGUAAAGUAAGCCUAGUCCGUAGGAAGCAUUAUUAUUAUUAUUAUUAUUAUUAUUAUUAUUAUUAUUAUUAUUAUUAUUAUUAUUAUUAUUAUUAUUAUAUGUAAUUCUGCAAUUCCACUGAAACUGUUUCAUUGAGUAACGCAAAUAAAAUAGCUACUAACAGGUGUAUAGCAUAAACUUACAAGCU